AACGUUCUGGUUAUUUGAAAAAGGAAAACUUCUCAGAGAGGUGACUAUCCCCUCUAAGGUAGUGACAAAACUACCUAGGUAGGUAGGUAGGAGGCUAGCAAGUGAUUCAUUUGGCUUCCCGUAACCCCGCAUCCCCGGCACUACCUGCGGCAAGCGACUAUUCUUCAGUACAACAGUUCUAUUAGAUAGCUGGUUUGUCCAAGUCGCAAGGGCUGGCAUGUUAAGUAUGAGCGCUUGGUAGAAGCUUCUCAGAUGUGACAUAUUCCCGUUCCUCCUCCCUUUCCCUCUGUGUGCUCCCAUCUCAUCUAAUCGUCGGCGUAGCCCCCCCAGAGACCCACACUACCACCAACCCCCCCUCUGGUAGUCGGUGGAAUAGUUUAGUCGCGUGGAUUAGUUUAGUCGCGUGGAUUAGUUUAGUCGCGUACGCGUAUUUCUGAGCUAUAGGCGUAUAUCUGAGUUCAGUUGAAAUUGGCCUGAGCUCGACUUUGUCCCACCUUAAAUGUUCUAUAAGAGAUUUGUAUGGCGGGUAAGCGUCUAAACUAUUCCACGCGACUAAACUAUUCCACCGACUACCAGAGGGGGGGGGUUGGUGGUAGUGUGGGUCUCUGGGGGGGCUACGCCGACGAUUAUUCUGUCGGUCCAUUUGACUGGCCAACUCUCCAUCCUCAACUGUCUCAUUUGUACUCCUAACAUUGCAGGGUUUAUUUGAUUCAAUCCACAAUGCCAUUCAAAAGUUCACAACCGGACAUCGACGUACCUAUCAAUAUCACCACUUGGACAUGGCUCUUCAAUUCUCCCGCCUCACCUUUAAAAUCCGAGUCAGAAUCCACAAUCGCCGGAUUUAGCAAUGUCAUAAUCCAAGAACGCGUUCCUUACAUAGACGUUAAAGCUCACACAACGAAUCUCUCCACAGCCCUCGUCAGGCACCACGGGCUCCAGAAAGGCGAUGUAGUCGCUCUAUUCUCGCCAAAUACCAUUUGGUAUCCCGUGGCCAUGCUUUCUGUGAACAGAGUUGGUGGCAUUAUUUCUGGGGCCAGUCCAGCUUACAAUGUCGAAGAAAUGUCUUAUGCGCUGAAGACUGCCAAGGUGAAAUUCUUAAUGACCGUCCUGGAAGCAUGAAUGUUGCUGCAAAGGCUGCCGAGGCCGCAAGAAUUAGCAAGUCGAGGAUCGUUCUUCUUGAAGGCGAGUUGAAAGGGUACAAGACAAUUCAGGAAUUGAUCGAAUGGGGAAUGAAAGAGAAGCAGCAGGUCAUGGAGUACAAAUUGAAAGACGGGGAGAAGAAUGGUGAUUUGUGUGGGUUUCUGAGCUUUUCUAGUGGAACAACCGGACUACCGAAAGCUGUGAGUGGUAUUUUAUAUUGGCCAGAUCUUUGUUUCGAAUCUUCUCGGAGUUUUUAAGAGGUUGAACAAUCGCCAGGUCAUGAUAUCUCACCAAAAUGUAAUCGCUCAAUGUCUUCAAAUACGCCAAAUCACACCCGAUUCACACAAAAAGAUCCUCGCUGUGCUGCCAGUAUUUCACAUCACCGGUCUAGUCCAUACACUCCACCUCCCGAUACUAAUCAAUGCUGAAGUCUACAUGCUCCCGUACUUCACAAUGGAAAGUAUGCUAUCCACAGUCAGCAAAUACAGAAUCAAAGGACCCCUAUUAGUCCCACCGAUUCUCAUCAGACUUGUCCACGAUCCCAUAGUUAGUGACUAUGAUUUAACCUGCGUCGAGCGAUUCUCAUUCCCUGGCACAGGUUUCAAACAAGGCUACGGCAUGACCGAAUCAUGCUCGUGCAUUACGGCUCACCCGCCCGAGAAAUACGAUUACAAGUACACACAUCGCGUCGGGACAAUUUGUGCCUCCACCUUGAUCAAAAUCGUGGAUGAGGAUGGCAAGGAACUUGGUACUGGACAGGCCGGCGAGAUACUGGCCAAAGGACCACAAACCGCACUAGGCUAUCUGGGAAACGAGAAGGCGACGAGGGAGACGUUUGAUGAGGAGGGGUAUCUAUAUACGGGUGAUCAGGCGGUAUUUGAUGAUGAGGGCAUGGUCACCAUUACCGACCGCAUCAAGGAAAUGAUCAAAGUGAAGGGCAUUGGAGUUGCGCCUGCCGAAUUGGAAGAUCUACUUCUGGGCCAUGACAAUGUAGGGGAUUGCGCGGUGCUGGGUACUGCUGAUGAAUAUAGCGGAGAGAAGCCAAAGGCGUAUAUUGUGAGGAAGAAUGGUGUUAAGAGCAGUGAAGAGAAGGUUGGAAGACAGAUCUUGAGUUAUGUUAGGGAGAAGAAGGUUAGAUAUAAAUGGUUAGAGGAGGUGGAAUUCAUUGCAGAGAUUCCAAAGAGUGCCAGUGGCAAGAUUUUAAGAAGGUUGCUGAGAGAUAGGGAGAGGGGAGGGCAGGAUAGAGGGGUCGUUGUGAGGGAUGAGGCGAAGGCGAAGCUGUAGGCGGUUGCGAGCCGUAUGAUGUUUGAUGGAAUGUUUGCUAAGACUGCCUGUGUAUAGCACCUUAGCGAGA